GAUGAUUUUGCGGAAAAACUUGCCAAUCUAGACACAGCCUUAAUGCUUCAAACAUCUUUGGUCAAAUGACAUUUGCUAUAACAAUAGCAGGUGCUUAGGAGCCACAUAGCAAUAUGUUGGUAUUAAUGAGCAUUUACCGUAUCUGGUUCAUUGCUUUUCAGGGACAUUUUUUCAUAAUUGAGGAGGCCUAGUUUUUUAAUAUAUGCUUGGGAAAGUGCCAGAUUAACAGGACUGUAAACUAAAAUUUUCCACUUUUCUACAAAACAAGCACACUGUGACCAAGAUUUUCAAAAAUAGGUAGAUUCCAAAAUCCUUCUUUAGGCACUGACUAAAGGCAUGUUUCCAAGACAAUUGAAAUCAAUGGAUGUCUUUCCAUGGGCUUUGGUUCAACCCCAAAGUGGCCUGAUAUUUUUUUCCAAUGGUACUGAGUAUCCAGCAAAGGAAGGAUUUGGAACUGGUGAUCUACACUUCAGAAAAUCCAGUCAUUUAUUUAUUUGCCUAAAUAUGGAUUUUAGGAGCCUAGCAUUGGGCUCUUACUUUUGAGGAUCUUGGCCCAUGGCAGUGGGAGCAAAAGCUUCUCUGUCUUGGCAAUCUGCUUCAGACCAAACCUCAGCUCUGACCUCUCCUCUCUGGGCCAAUACUGGCUAAUUAGAGGUGAGGGUUUGUGAUGUGAACACCUUUCCGUCUGAAUGAAUGGAACCACCAAAUUCUUUUCCCAUUGGCUACUGAACAGCCAUCAGCUAGUAACAAUUUUGGUUCAUGCCCCACCUGGAUUUGAAUAGAAAGCAGGUAAAUUAAUAAUGAACCUAUUACAAUUGUCCAAGUCAUCCAAUCCCUCCAAGCAGACACAGCAUGCUGGACUGAAUGGUAACUAUUUUGAUUGUUUAUAUUAGUAAAACCGAGUGUAGAUAUUUGUUUGUUAUUGAGCUUAGAUAUCAAGAUGUUUAGAGUAUUUGCCUUGACACUGUAAAGCUGAUUGUUUGGAUGAAGAACAGCUGGUGGACGCUGAAGCCAAGAAAGACAAACGUGGUGGCGGUAGGCAGAGGAGGUUUAAGCAUUUGCAACCAUCUCCACAAUUGGCCAGUUUGGUCUGUAGUUUAGGAAUACAGUUGGAUUUUUUGUUGAUGCUAAGCUUUCAUUUGGCAGCAUUGGCGAGUCAGGCUUUCUAGCCUCUCCAGCUGUCUAGGAGACUUUGUCCCAUCCUGGCGGGUGAUGACCUAGCCCCACACCUUUGUUACUUCUCAGCUAGAUUGAGAAGUGAACUGGGCAGCAAGCAUCCCUAACCCUUAAGCAUUUAGAAAACCCCAACUGGUACAAAAUGCACAUCUUUUUAGCAGCACAGGCCACCACAAGCACUCCAGGCUUGCCCUCCAUUCUCUACUGUCUUGGUCCUUAUCAUGAAGACACUCCCUGAACUUGAGCCCAUGAAGCCUCAAAGACUGCUGAAAGCUCCAGGAUUGAAGACUGUGGCUGACAUCUUCACUUCUCUGGUGCAGUGGAACUCUCUCCCGUGAGGGUAAAGCUCAUCUGUAGAAAAAGCAGGGCUUUCUUGGAAGAUGGGGAAAUAGUUUGAGACUGCGGAACAAACUCUCGCAGGAACUAAGGACCAUCCCAACCUCACCACCUUUCUCUCCAAGUGCAAGACACAUUUCUUUGACUUUAACUUCUCUAUCAUAAACAUAUAGUAACAAGUAUAUUGGGGGAGAAAACACACCAUUACCAAAACAAGACACUCUACUGCACACAAUUCUCCCUCUGGGGAGAAAAUGAGAAAGCAAGCAUGUGACAGUUGUUAGUCACAUCUCUUACAGAACUGGUGGUAGGCACUCCAUCGUUAUGGCAAUUAGCAUGAAAUGAGAACCUGUAUGGCCUAGACUAGUUUCCCCUUUUCUGUUCAGAUUGAUUUUAUUGGAUGGUAUCUAAUUGAUUGUUAGGCAUACACUCCUAUUCAGCUAAGACAAAACUUCUUUUGUCAAACAGUAACCAGUGCCCUCAGAGCACUGCUGAGUCUCCUGUUGCUGAUAGUAAGCUUUCCCAUGGCAGCAUCAGCGAGUCCGGCUUUCUAUACUCUGACUGAAGAGUAAGAAGAUUAUUAUUUUCUGGUCAUUUUCCUUUCUUUCCAAGAAAGUCUUACAGGUCUUAUUACAUCAAAAUCCAUUUUGAGGAAUGUCACCAGAUGGAGUGGUAAUCAUUCUUCCAUCCUCAAAGGAAAAGUGCUAAUAUCGCAUUUAGUUGCUUUCCAUAUAUUUUAGAAAUAUGCCCAGAUUCAGCUAUUUUGUGUUGCUUUUGUGACACUGACAGGUGGAAUUGAACAUGGGACCUCUGGAACCUAGUGCACAAACCUCUACACAUGAGCUAAAAGCCAGCUGGCUGUUAGCUAAAGUGGUAGAGCAGAUUCUUUCUCUCAGUAAGUGGCCUCAGUGCCAGUAGAUAGCCCAGUACACCAUACCAAGCAAGUGAUGUGUGGGUUUAAACUUUCUUGGUGCAAAGCUACAGUAAAGACAGGUUAACUGGCUAGUUAAUAUGGAUGUAUGGCCACUUGUUGUUCAGGAGUCUCUCCAAGCAGGCAGAAAGUGUUCAGUGCCAUUGGGAAGGGAGCGCUGCUGUUGUGUUGCAUUUCAUUCUUUACUUUACUGGCACAGAACAUUGUUCUAUUAUUUGCAGUAUUCCCCAAAGAGAUUAUAUGCAAGAGGGGGUUUGCUGGACUUCAGGACAUCCCAAAACACAAAGCAUUCCAUAUGCCAUAGAUCUUACUUUGCACACAAGCAUGAUACAUACACCAGAAUAGGAUACAGAUCCAGUGGAUUGUGACAUUAAGAUUAAUAGGUUACAUGAUGGAAUUUGUCCCAAGCAUCUUUGAGUUUUGCAUGUGUGUGUCCAUAAGUCCAUGUCAUAAAGCGGAGGGAAGGGGUCUGUCACAAGGGCAUUUAUCAAGUGAUCCACCUUUUGUUUCCCAUUCCCAGAUUCUGGCAAUAUGAUUCUGUACUGGUUCUGGCAUGUCAAGGUCCUCUCCCAUUCCCAUUGUAGCUAUGCUACCAGGGAUGCCUCAGCCAUCCUGGAACUUCCUUUGGAGGAUUUCCCCUACAUUAGAUGUGGGGCCCUAGGAAAGGUAACACCGUCCCUGCACUGGCUGAAUAAAUGCUGGUAAUUUAUUACAUUUUUUUAAAUUAAAGCUGGUCAUGCUGUCUUUGCUUACUGAUAUCCCUUCCAACAAACAGCCAGAGGAACACCAAGGCCAAGUGAGUCUGAGCCACAUAGUUAGGAUUCCCAUCUCCUGGUUGAAAUUACUGUGUAUGUGAUCAGAACAGCACAACAGUGAACACAAUACUAUUGGUCCUUCAGCAACAGCUUUCACAGGUUAUGUUAACAAGAGCUUCCCUUUCUUUCAUCCUGCAGGUACGUGGAAACUUUCUCUUGCAAACUUUAUUAGCCAAGUUAAGAUACUUAGAUUCCAUCUCAGAAAUGUAUUUUCAGUCUAGAGGUGAAAUCAAUUAAAGUCGAAGGAAAUGCUGCCCUUGACUUCAAUGAAUCGAGGUUUUCACCCUAUAUAAUUGAUGAAAGCUUAAUUAAGUACCAUACUCUCUGAACUGCAGUAUAAAAGCUAUGCCUCCUACCAUCCCUGAAAAGUCCCAGUAGCAAUUAUCCAGAGUGAUGUCACAUCUCUGAAUGAUGAAAAAUCUACCAGCCACAUCCUGAGGAAUGUAUCAACUUAGUACCUUAAAUGAAAAGUUGUUGGAGCAGUUCAGGACAACUAUUACAUCAGCAGUUUUCUUUUUUUGUAUGGCUUGGGUCAGUAGCAAUGACUACACAUUUACAUCUAGAUUUGUUUCUUUUAAUUAAAACAGUGAUUGACCCCAUCUGAAUUUAUCUCUGCUGCUGAACUCGAUCUAGGUACAUUCACCCAGGAGCAUAGCAUAUCCCUAUACCUUGUUACAAAAUUAGAAAACAUUGAAAAUCACAUAGUGUGCAUACACCGAACAAACACUUCACCCCAGCUCUCCAUUCUGGAUGAGUUCUGCUCAGUGUAGGAACUCAGAGGAUCAACUUUAACAACUAGAUAGGCUCUCCUAGUUGAACCAGAAGUUAGAUGUAGGAAUCAUUGAGUGAAAUUCUAUGGCUUCCAUUACACUAGGUGAGCAUAACAGUCCCUUUAUCACCUUAAAAAUCUAUGUUCAGGAUCAUCCAGGAGUGAUUUAUUCCCCAUCAUAGGAUAAAGCAGUAUCAGGGCUGCUCUAAUUUAGUCUGCUGAAACAGAAAAUAGGUGGAAUACAAUAAACUCUUGCGACAUAUCCUUCCCCAGAGCCUUGGCAUGAGCACUAUGCUAAGAAUGAAGGAGGGAAGACAGCAAUCAUAUCACACCACGAGGGGCCGUUCUACCCCAUUUGUUUUAUACGGCCAAAAAGCCAGACUAGAACAGAGAACUGACCCCUUAUCUUAUCUUAUCUGUCAAAAGAACUACCAGUGUCAAAGACUCCCAUGCUCAGCAGUGACGAAGGCCACAUAAAGCACAUUGUUAUUAAAAAAGCAUUUUGAGUAGUAGGCGCACAAGAGAGUUAACCACCCUUUCAACAAUCUAAAGAACCUGAAAGGAGUUUUAAAAGCUUCAUUCCAGGUGUCUCUUCCCUUUUGCCAUGAAUUACACCCCAAAGAGUAAUGCUUUCAAAAACCUUGUAACUGCAUGCAAAUAAGGUCAUUCACUAAGGGUACCCUCUCAGUAACAGAUUCCAUGUCUGUCAGCAAUCAUAUCAGUCAUUCUUUAGCAUGCGUCAGUCAGAUUCUCAGGUGAUGUAAAUCAAAAGAGCUCCACUGGAGUCAACUGAGGAGCUAACGCAGCAUUUCUGUUGGACAUGAAAGACUUGUACAUUUUAUAUGACAGACUAUUGAUCUCAAGUAUAGUGGGGCACAAAUUUCUCCCCUUCUGAAAGUCAGGGCAGGUCUACACUUACUGGGAGAUUGGCACUGCAAUGAUCUAUCCCCUGGGGGUCAAUUUAGUGGGUCUAGUAAAAGACCUGUUAACUCAACCACCAAUCACUCUCCCGUUGACUCCAGUACUCCACCGGAACAAGAAGCGUAAGGGAAGUCAACGGGAGAGUUUCUCCUGUCAACCCCAUGCAGUGGAGACCCCGUGGCAACUCAACCUAAAUCAGGCCUAGGCAAAAUAUGGCCCACUGGCUGGGUCCAGCCUACCAAGCCACCGGAUCUGGCUCUGAGCCAGCAGAUGUGCUUGCUUCCUACUUGCCUUGCCCCUUUACUCAUAAACUGUAAACUCUUUGGGGGCAGGAACUGUAAACUGUGUUUGUAUGGCUCUGAACAGUGUUAGGUUUCUACACUCUACUCUUAAGAAAUUAAUAACCCUGCAAUUAUGGAGAUGUGGACAUUUUGUUUUACUUUGAGGUUAUGAUCAGCAAUGUAUGAAAAACAGCAGCUUUAAUUUAAGAGUUCUGCUCCCUGUAGAUAUUUAGAAUGCUUUAGUCAGCAUAGGAAAUGUGAAUCAAGUGAUGUAUAAUACCAGCUGCUUUAUUACAGUGCAGUUCAUUGCUAAAGCCAAAGUGAUGUUAAAAAUAUUAUGUGGCCCAGUCAUCUCGUCAUUUGCAGGCACACUACUGCUAUGGAUACCCAGAGGAGCUGCAGCCCAUGGGAUCAGAGCGGAUGGAGAUGCGCAAACGGCAGAUGUCUGUGGCCCAGGAGACACCGAGUGCCGCACAGGCACAGCAUGGCAUUGGGAAUCGAGCUUCCAAUGCCUGCUGCUUCUGUUGGUGCUGUUGUUGCAGUUGCUCAUGUCUUACUGUUAGGAAUCAAGAUGAAGAGAGAGAAAGGAGGACAUCCCAUGAACUAAGAGCAGAGAGUAUUCCAAACUGUGAGGAGAGUCCCACUCCUACACUUGAAGAAGUAAAUGCAUGGGCUCAGUCAUUUGACAAGCUAAUGAUCACUCCAGCUGGCAGAAAUGCUUUCCGGGAGUUCCUCCGAACAGAAUUCAGUGAAGAAAACAUGCUUUUCUGGAUGGCCUGUGAGGAGUUAAAGCAGGAAUCCAACAAGAGUGUCAUAGAAGAAAAAGCAAGGUUAAUCUAUGAAGAUUAUAUUUCUAUCCUUUCUCCAAAAGAGGUCAGCCUGGACUCCCGAGUAAGGGAAGUUAUCAACCGAAAUAUGCUGGAACCAUCACAACAUACUUUUGAUGAUGCACAGCUCCAGAUCUACACCUUAAUGCAUAGAGACUCCUACCCACGGUUUAUGAACUCUGCUAUUUAUAAGGACUUGCUUCAGUCCUUAUCUGAAAAAUCCAUCAAAGCAUAGUAUUUUUAUUAAUGUAUUUAUUUUAAAAAAACAAAACAAAAAACCAGAAAUGGGACUCUGAGCUACAUCAACCAACAAGGAAUUUAGAGUUAAUAGGAUAUCUACCUGAAAGUAACUCAGGCAUAUUUUAAUAUGAACUUUCAAUAUUUUAACCUGCAGAGGGCUCUGAUACCACAAGCUAAAUGCAGCCUCUGAUCAACUAAGUGACACUUUGCAAAGGAGAAUGUGGAGACAGAUUUUUACAGUAGCAGAAUGUACUUGGACAUGAACUCUUGUACAGGAAGUUAAAAUUACUACUCUGGAAAGAAAUAACUUUCCAAUUUAUUUUUUUAAACAGUGUUAGUUAUGACUGCUCUCACCUUUCCCAACCAUUGUGCAGCCACAGUAGAAACAGUUAUGCUGUUGAUAGUUGGACUACAGUAGACUGAAGCUUAACAUUUUAUAAUAGUUCAACCUGGUCCUAAUUUUGAAGAAGAGAUGGUACUUGUCUUGGAGUGGCUACUUGAUACAUAUAAACAAUGUGCUCAUGGAAAUCAAACAUUACAACUUCAAGUUUAUGAAACUAGUGGUUUGGAAUAAUACUGCCUAUAGAAUUCUCUUAAUGAAAAGUGUUAUUUUACUAUCAGAGUCUGCUGAAAACAUUUUUAAGUUCAUAAUGUCAAAGUUUAUAAAAAGCUGAAGAAUUUAGGAAAGGGGAAGAGUCUGGGAAUUUAUAAUAAUAAAUAAAGCACAAGAAUUCUCAUGUAUUGUUCUAUUCACUGCACAGGCACAUGCAAAUAACUAAUUAAUAUGUCAAUAUUUAGUCCCUGGAGAUCUGCAGUAGCAGCCAUUUUAUGUGUUCAUAGACACUGAAAAUCCUAAAUUACAGGAUAGAGUGUUUGGGGCUCCCUUAUUUCAGAGGUGAUGUUCAAAUGCUUCAUACAAAAGCAAGUUAAAACAAGCUUCCAGGGAUAUAGCAUUAAGUCAGGCUCAGACAAAUAUCAAAGCAAAGCAGUAUUCUUCUAUGAGCUUCGUAUGUGCAUUUCUGGUAUCCAUAGUAUAUUGUACUUAUAUGUGCAAACUAGUGCUUUUUGACAAACCUCAUACCUAUUACAAUACUGCAUUUAAAUGCACCUCAAAUUAGUUAUCAUGGUUAAACCUUGGAAGAAGCGAAAGAAAUUUAUGAGUUUAUAGAUCCAUUUUUCAUCAGACAAGUGAUUAAGCCAAAAUAUACUGUAGUUUAAUGUCAUUUCCACUACAUACAUUUUCAUUUACUGUAGAUUUAACUCCUGUGGUAGUUUCCUAUGUAUUGAUUUGAAAGAAUGCAAUGAGAUAUGAACCAGAAGGUAGGUGGGGAGGAGAAGGGUGGGAAGUAAAAAAAAAAAAAAAUUACCUCUUUAAAAGGGAUUGUCUCAGAUAGUUUUGCAUUGCUUUUUCUAGUGAAUUUAAUCUUUCUCCAGCCGGGCACUAUGAUGUACUCAACUCUUUCUCUAGGGGGGCGGGGGAGAGGGGGGAAUUCAGACACAUGUUCAUUUACUAGCUUGUUCAAUGCACCAUGCCGGAGAUGUUUUUCUCUUUGUGUUAAUCCCAUUAAAAUAAUUAAUGAGCUUUGUCCCUACACAGAAUCAAGGGAGAAGACCUGCUACAAGGUGAGUUGUAAGCAACAGCUGUAGCUAUCACCAAUUUCUAUAAAACACAACAGCAUUUAACAUGCCAGUUUGAAAAAAAAAAGUGAUUAAUUAAAACAACAACAUUGAACAAGUAACUGGAAAACACUUCUGCCAGCAGCACAUGAGGUUAUAUGACUCAGUUAAAAAGAGCUCUUCUAGAUCACCAGUUGAAAUUUGGUCCAACUCAGUAGUGAUUUCCAGGUUUUUUUGCUAUAUUUAGCAGCUGGAUACAUCAAUUUCAAUAUCUCAGUCCAGUUCAUUUACAUACUCACAGCACUAUUCACAUUAACAGUUUCAAUUUAUUCAGCGUAUUAACUAGCAUACUGGCUAGUAGUCGCAGUGCUAGAUAAAGAUCAAAAUAGACAUGUCGAUGAGGCAGCAAUGGGAGAACUUGGGAGUAUUAGCAAAUUAUUAAUUUGGUUACAUCAGACCUCUCAGAAGCACUAAACUGACAAACGAAGUUAAACUGGGUCACUUUCAGCUUGCUGGUGAAAUCAGAUAUGCGUUAGAAAAAUUCAAAGCUGUAUCAUUUCACAAAACCGACAAUUGAGUUUUGCUCAUGUUUUCCCUCAUCUUUUUGAAGGUGCCUCAUUAAGAGCUAAGAGACAAACAAAGCAAGUGUGUAUCUCAUGAAACACAAUGGGUUCUCGUCUAUUAUAUUCAACGGAAGAGAAUUACUAAAAUUGAAAGGAUACUGUCCAGAAUUUUUUUUUUAAAUGAUCAGAUUAGAUUUUAAAAGUACUUUUACAUUUAAUAAUUUGCUCAUUUCUACUACCUGUUUUCACUUUCUGCAUUUCACUUGGACAAUUAAGCUGGUCAGUUUUCUGGAAAAAUAAAAGUUAAUGGAAACAUUCCCAUUCAUUUCAGCUAUAGUUAAAACACAUCCUCCUGUCACACAAUUCCAGGAUGCUGGACCCAACUAACUUGACAGCAUCCUAGAGAAGUGUUAAAUAUUAGCAUUUUAAUUGAAUUUUAUAUAUGAUUAAAUAAGGUUAAUUAAAUCACAUGAGAUCACUUAUUCCCUGUAUUUUGUUUCACUAUGCAUAACUGCAGAAGCUCAUCUCUAGCGAAACACGCCAAUCUUUUCUAAGGGCCAAGUUUUAGUCCCACUGAAUUGGGAGAUAUUCAUUACCUUGUUAUAGUAGAAAGCAUUAGUAAAGCAUUAUUAAAGAAAUAUGAAGACAAAGGGAUCAGAUUUACACAAGUUAUAUAGAACAAAUAAUGUCAAAACCAUUAUCACAGGAUUAAUAUAUCCUGGCCUGAAAAUAAACAUUGUUUGUGUUGGCAUUUAUCUAGCAGCAGGACAUCAUUAAGCUGCAAUAACCUUCUAUUCCACUGAUACAAGCUUUUAAAUAUCUGCACUUUAUAUACCAAUAACUCCCACAGAACAUUCAUACUGUUAAAGGGUGUUCUUUUCAUGAACCUGCUAAGCAAUAUUAAAAUUGCAUGGACCCCUUCAGCCAACACAUCAAUUGAUGCCAUCAACAUUGUGCUUCAGACUGAACUUUAAAUUCCAAAUUCAUUAGUACAAUAUAGCAAAAUUCUGUAGGUUACACAUUUUAAAUCAAAUAUAAAUUUAGCAUAGUAUAUCUAAGUGUUCUUUCCAGUAAUAGCAGGCACUCAGACACCAAGAAUGACCAUUAAAGCCUUCUUUAUGUGAAAUUUGAAAACUAAUUCUCCUAAUUGAGAUUGUUUUUAACCUUUUAAUCUAAAGCCACAACCAAGUUUUAAACUAUUAGUGACCGGUCUCAAACUUGUUAAGAAAACACAUUUUAUAGUAAAAUAUACUACAAAUAACUUUAUGGGAAAUGAAUGACUCAAUUUAAAUCAGCAAUCUAUCUGGGUCAGUGGGGAUGAGGGUCCUUAACUUGUCCCACUGACAUCCAUGGGUGUUUUGCCUAAGUAGUUGCAUGAUCAAGUCCCAGA